CUGAGAGUCUCAGACCACUGGAGCACAAAAGAUUCCUGAGUUUUUCAAAGAUUUCAAGUUAUCAAUUCAAAGCAAGUUGCAGAUGAAAAAUCUCCAAGAAAAUGAUCAAAAAAUGAAAAUCCAACCACUUUAUCAUGACAACUCCAAAAGUACUGUCCGUGCAUAUGUAAUAGAGCAUUUCCUUAGCGAUACUGAAUGUGACAGUCUAGUUAUGGUUCACAGCCGUCAUGUGUCCGAGCUGAACAAGCAAGUCCCAAUCAUCUGCUUUGACAGCAUCAAAUCUUUCCGAGAAUACUUGAAAGAUGCGAAGCUUAAAAUGAAAGUGUCAUUGAAUGAUUUCACCGAUGGUACAACCUGUAUCAAUGAGACAUUUUCUGCUAAACUGCAGGGACAUUUCAAAUGGAGUUAUAGCACGGCAUUUUAUCCAGGAGAGAGCAAAUUUUCUACAGUGUUUGCUGAAAGAAUACGGAAGGCAACAGGACUCAGACUCGAAAACGGGGGGAAGUUCCAAAUCACAUCAUAUCCACAAAAUGUUGGCUACAAGAAUCACACAGACUGUGUUGUUGAGUACAAUGACAAGCGGGAUCGAUUUGCCACUAUACUGGUGUACUUAAGAGAUGUUGAGGAAGGAGGAGAAACGAAGUUCCCUCAAUUGGGAAUCAGCGUGAAGCCUCGUAAAGGACUUGCCCUCAUUUGGAACAGUAUGAACUCUCGUGGAGAAUGUGAUCCCACAUCUCUUCACAAUGCUGCAAAGGUCGUCAAAGGACAUAAGUUUAUCAUACAAAGAUGGUACUAUUAUCAUAAUUUCCCAGCUCUUGGAAAACGUCCCCAGCAGCCAAUGUUACCUAAACGUGGAGCUUAUCAGCCCAGAGUGUCUUGUGACGAGUACAAGCAGGGUAGCUGUCGGUGGUAUGACGAGUGGAACUAUGAUCACUUACUGGAUUAUACAGCUAACUUACAGAAUCUCAUCUGAUUUACAGUUAUUAAUGAUAACAAUAAGUUUAAGGAAACAGCAUUUCGAAGCCAUCUUUGAACCAAUUCCACUUUCAGUUCAAAACUGCCAUCGUAUUGUACUUUAUGCUAACUUGCCUCUUCUGAGUGAUAGAUGUAGUUACAAUCACUGUAGAGACAUUAGAAAGUCCCUACAUCAACAAGAUGGCCAGUAAUAGCUAAGGAUCAAAACUGCUAUCUGCAGUGAAGAGGUAUCUAGUGAUAAGCAGUUCUCUGUAAAACAGAGUUCAACUGUUGAUUUUUAAAUUGUGGAAAAUGUAUGAGGGUGGCAAAGGGGGGUACCAAUCACGCAUCACACUGAAUUUUUCUAUUAAAUCACGCAUCACGCAUAAUUUUUUUCACUAAUCACGCAUCUCCUAAAAAGAAGUAAGUACAUCACCAAUUUUACCUUCUCAGCCCUAAAAGUGUUGUCAAAAGGAGAACUCUGCCAAUUCAGCCAAUGAAAUGCAUUGGCAAAUAUUCCAAACACUUUCAACUAAAAAUAACAAUAAUUUAUUGGCCAAAAUAAAAGUGAUGACCCGUACAGGAGAACGGGAAAUUCAUUCUGUAUCCAGGAGCCUCCUGGAUAACCUGAGAGUGUUGGCAUCAUCUGUGAACAGACUCCUGAUGAGUGCAAAAAAUAAAAAAUAAAAUAGGGCGAGCCUAGCAGGGUGAGAUUUUCCCUCUCCAGACCAUUGUCAGCUAUCUCUGCCUGCCUGUUUUUUCCCUUCCCCUAUAACUUUGUGUCAAAGCUUUACCUGUGGAAAUUCCUUCUGUACAGCAACAUUUCUAUGUCUGUAAAUGACAUCAUAAUAAUAAUAAUAAUAAUAAUAAUAAUAAUAAUAAUAAUAGAUUUAUGUAGCGCUAAAAUUAUAAAAUAUUCUAAAGCGCUUCACAAUUUUAAGCCAUGUUACAAUGUAACAUGGCCUUUAUAAUAGUGGUACACAAACUUAUUCCUUGUGUAGUCUCUCGUUGCUUGCACAACUGUCUCCUCAAGCAGCAUGAAAUGAUACCAAACUCUAUCAUCUCUUAUCAUUUCAGUCAUUUGGGACAUUCUUUUAGACCUUUCAUACAAUACCCAGAUUCAGAUAUGGUCUGAUGCACUGCCAAAAAUGAUCCGUGUACAAAAUGGACAAAAAUAGCGCUGAAGCUCAUAGUCCUUGUGCAAAGUUUAGCCGUUUUCAAUUGACAUAUUCCUGUUGUGACUAUUGUGUCAUAAAGAUUGUUGUUGUUGUUGUUGUUGUUGUUAUCACAAUUGUUUGGACCUACACUACCAUGAACAUCCACAAAGAUAAAAAACACCAGAGGUCAAGAAAAGGACGAAAAAGACCAGAAAAUGGUGUCACGUCUGCCACGAUUUAUUGAUCUUCUUUAAGACUCUAUUUACUAUUUACUUUGAAUGAAUGGUAUCCUUCUAGUUCAAAGAACGUUCACUUAUCACGGAAAUCUAAUUGGUAAAUCAUGCGUCACGUGCUUGCAAAAUAGCAAAUCACGCAUCACAUUAUUAUGUCCUGUCCUGUGUCACGCAGCUAUUUUGGUCUCAAUCACGCUACUAAUUUUGGGGCAAUCAUGUGUCACGCAAAAACCCUUUGCCACUCUCAUGUAUGGACUUGUUAUUUCUUACAUUAUGAUAUACAUAUAUUAUCAUAUCAUUCUCAUCAUAUCGUAAAUUUAUAUAGUGUAAAGCUGUGAAUAAUUUAGAUCUAUCCAAGAAAUAAUAAAUAAAAAUGAAAUUGCAUUCGUCAAUAAUUAUUUAUAAUUUUGAACCUUUCAUAUACUUAAUGUUGAGCACUAAAAACAUUUUGUGAUGAAUAUGUACUAAAACAUGUUAAAUUAAUUAAUCAAGUGACAUGAAUAUUUGUGUACAUCAUUCCGUGUUUAAAGGACAUCAAUACACAAGUAACGAUGAGCACAAAUCACCUGCUGUCUAAUUGGUGAAAAUUAUAGAGCUGACCUGAUCAGAAUAAAGUUUAACUAAUGUUGGGACAUAGCCAUGGGAGACUACUGUCAGACAAAGGACCUGAGAAUAAAGAAAGUUAUGGACUAGGAGUCAUCUUGAUCCAAAGUCUAAAA